ACCUGGUGAACUAUGGUGAGGUCUGCUGUUCGAUUCAGCAGACGGGCAUUUUGCUGCCGCUCCAGGCCUAUCCUUUUGCUGCCCGCCUUCGUGCCAGGCAUGUCUUCUUUGUCGCUACAUCCGCUAUGUGUCGCCAGCAAGAGAGCGGGGCACUUUGUUGGACCUGAGCAGCUGACGACGGCCGGCGACCGUACGCGCAAAUAUAAAAGCUGCUAACUCUGAGCGCCGGUUAGACAUGUCAGCGAGUGCGGGUUCGUGGGAGACGCUCAAGCCGGCGUUGUCACCAUGGCUGCGAGAUGCGGUGGGCGCAUUGGGCUUCGAGCAGAUGAUGCCAGUGCAAGCGUCUGUCAUCCCACUGUUUAUGCAGCACAAGGAUGUCGUUGUCGAGGCUGUAACGGGCUCUGGCAAGACGCUAGCGUUUGCGAUACCGUUACUCGAGGAGAUGAUGCAGCAUCAAGCGAUGCUCAAGCCAGGACAAAUCGGGGGAUUGAUCAUCUCACCUACUCGCGAGCUUGCUGUACAGAUUCAUCAGACAAUUGACAACUUGGUCAAGACGCAACCCUCUACGAGCUCAGCGGUUAUACCAUCUCCUUUGCUGCUCAUAGGUGGCAUUAAGACGCUGCAAGAGGACCUGUCAGAUUUCAGAUCACUGAAGCCAUCGAUCCUAAUUGGCACCCCUGGUCGACUUGAGGAAUUUCUGCUCGGCUCAUCCUCUAUUCAGUCCAUUAAAGGCAAACCAGCUCGCAAAUCUUUCGUCCCGAUCGUAUCACUUCGAAAUCUAGAGAUGCUCGUACUUGACGAAGCUGACAGAUUGCUCGAUCUUGGCUUCGAGGCUGUGUUGACACGACUGCUCGCCAAUAUGCCGAAACAGCGCCGGACCGGCUUGUUCUCAGCAACAAUGACAGACGCACUCGCUGCACUCGUUCGAGUCGGUCUCAGAAAUCCUGUCAAGAUUGUCGUCAAAGUCGAGGCAAACUCGACCCGAGGCAGCCAGCAAGUCAGGAUGCCAGCAAGUCUCGAGAACACUUACUGCAUCAUGAAGCCGUCUCAGAAGCUAUGUCAGCUUGUCAGGCGCCUCGCUCGAGCAGACGUCGAGCCUGGCCAAAAGACGAUCGUUUAUUUCGCUACUUGCGCCUGCGUCGACUACUUUUACAAGAUUCUACGAGAGCAGGUCGAGCUACAAGAGCUGGCCAUCUACUCGCUGCACGGAAAGCAGACUGCUGCCAGGAGAAGCGCGACCUUUGCAGCCUUUGUCGACCUCGACGAAAGCAGAGCAGGUGUCCUGCUCUGUACAGAUGUGGCUGCACGAGGUCUCGACCUCCCGCAGCUUGAUCAAGUCAUCCAAUUCGACGCCCCUCAAGAUCCAAAGGUUUACAGUCAUCGUUGUGGUCGCGCCGCUCGCGCAGGUCGACAAGGCAUUGCCUGUAUAUUUCUCACUACCGGGCGUGAGGAAGAAUACAUUGACUUUUUGCGCGUUCGCAAGAUGCCAAUGUUGAAUUCGACGUAUCUGGCAGGCCCUGAUAGUGACAUCGAUAGCGAUCAAGCCGCCGAUGUAUUCAACGAGUCCGUCCGUGCGCUUGUUCGAAAGGAUAGAGCGCUACACGAGCAAGCGGUGCGAGCGUAUGUGUCCUUUGUCCGCGCCUAUUCGAAACACGAGGCUUCAUUCAUCUUCAAGCUGUCCGAGAUCGACUUGCCCGGACUCGCAAUGUCGUACGGCCUUUUGCGUCUACCGAAGAUGCCCGAGCUCAAGGGUUGCGAACUUGCGUCAUGGCACCCGAUCGAGCUGGAUUGGGAUCAUUACGCUUAUGCAGACAGGGAGCGCGAACAACGCCGUCUCGAGGAGCUCAAAAGUGAGAGCAAUAGGCGGCAGCCGUUGCGAGCUGCAAGCGGGCGCGUAGACAAAAAGCAACAACACGAGCCAUGGUCGAAGAAGCUAGCCAAAAAGGCAAGGCAGCUGCCGAAGCCAGCACAAGGGGGACAUGACGAGCAGGUCCAGCUUGGCGUCACGCGUGCCGAGCUCGUCGCUACCAAAUCACCAGGGGCUGACUCGAAGCCUGCGAUCAAACGGAAGACAGACGCUCCUUCGAGUGACAGUGCCUCGGAUGACAGUGAGGGUUCUGGGGACGAGCCAAAGCGGCGUUUGCUGGCUAAGCGCAAAGCCAAGAAAUCGAAGAAGCCUGCGCGGGCCUGCUUUAACGAUCUCGAGUAGGAGCAGCAAACAAUGCAUGCAUCGCGUCAAAGUCGAGCUCCGAGCGCUAUGAGCUAUUAGCUAUCAGGUACAUUUUCAGGCUCCGAAUGCCGGAUCCUGAUUUGUGCGCUUCAGCUUGUGCGCGCAGAAUUUAGGCGAGAGGCGCAUCUGAGAUGGGCAUCAGGACCGGAGUGCUGCUGUUUGCUAGCUCCUUCCUGCUCGGUGCAUUCUUUACACACUGG